AUGAAAACUGGAGGUGCAGAUCUACUGAAAGUUUUAAAAUCACCAGAAAUUUUUGAUGAUAUAAAACGUAAAGCUUUUGUUCGAAUCAUUACCGCUGAAUUGGUUGAUUAUCAUCAAACUCAGUACAUCGAACGUGAUUUUGAUUAUUUAUACAAGGAUAGUGCAGAUAACUUUUUGACAAAAUUUACCACGUACUAUUCUCCUCGCAUUAACCAGUACACAAAAGUAUGUAAACCUGUUUUAUUCGCCGACGCUGCAGAUAUUACUGACGAACAAUUGAGAGCUUUAGUAAUGCUGAGCGCAUUACUUCCAGUUUCAAAUUCGGUGUUGACAAAAAGAGGACAAGGCAAAGGGAAAAGCCGAAAAAGAGUUCAUGAAGAAAUUGAUGAUGAUCUCGUUCUUCCCAAAUAA